AGGUGGUUGACCAGAUUGACAAUUUAACUUCAGAUCUGCAGCUGGAAGAUGAGAUGACAGACAGCUCCAAAACAGACACGCUGAACAGCAGCUCAAGUAGCACAACGGCUUCUAGCAUAGACAAAGUUAAAGUUCGAGCCAAUGCACCUUUAAUAAAUCCACCUGCACAUCCGUCAGCUGUCCUGACAGUACUUAGGAAGCCCAAUCCACCACCACCGCCUCCACGGUUAACUCCAGUGAAAUAUGAAGAAACUCAAAAGUUAAUCAACUCCACCAACACUCUAAAGAAAAAUGGAGGAUUACUUAGAAAUGGUGGAAUUCCUGGGGGACCUACUACACUUCCUAAUGGUGAUGUAUGUGCAAUUCAUAACAUCAAAGUGGAUAAAAUGACAGGACAGCCAUUGACGCACAAACCAGAAAAGGACCGUUGUUCUCAGGCUACAACGAGAGAACGAGUACGCUUUAGUGAAAAUGUCUUAUACCAUGGCUACUGUCCAGACUGUGAUGUUCGAUCUGAAAUGAAAAACAAAGAAGUACAUCUUCAUGAGGAGUCCAUCCACUUAGCAGCAAAACUUCCUCACCAUUGCCCUUUACCAUCAAAACCAUCGUAUCCUAUGGAAAAUGGUGGAUUAGGCAUUACCAGUGGUGUCUGCCAUCUGCCUUCAAAACCAGGAAGUCAGCCACCACCAACUGCACCAAAACCACAAAAAACUAUACUGAGAAAAUCAACCACAACAACAGUGUGA